GGAGAUCGAUGCGCGGGCCGCCCGCGGCGAUGCAGCAUGUCAGACAGCGGCUGCCUGUUUGCAGGCCAUGCGAUCGGUGAUCUGCAGCAACAAGUGCGGAAACACGGCGGCUGCCUACUUCGCUGCAGUGGUCUCCACGCUGCAGCGCCAGUUGUCGCAGAAAGGCGCCCUCGAGACCCAGGAGGACAGCUGCUGCGCGCUGCUUUUGAUCCUCCGCAAGGCGGUGCCUGCUGCGCCCAGCCUCGCAGCAGCUC